ACAUAAUACACCAACCACUCAAGCUUUCAAGCUUCAAUCCAGAAAGGAAAAAACCAAAAAUUAAUUAAUGGAGUGAGGGGCUUCUCUCUUUCAUACUUUCCCUCUCUCUCGUUUUCUUCGUCAACUAGCUGUUGCAAUGGCAUGCGCCUCGGGCGUCUGUACUUCUUCUUCGUCGACCUUUAAGCCCGAACAGGUCAUUGUAAGAGCAACGAGAACAGCAACGACGGCAUCAUCUUCUCUUGCUCCAUCUCCCAGGUUUCCUAGAAAUGAUUCUGUUUCAUGUCCGAACCGUUGCAAACUCGUGGCUCGGUCUUCCUGUCGCUCUUUUCAUCUCAGGCCAACUCAAUCCAUUGGUCGAGAGGUUCCGGCGAAUUUGUUGAGGCCGGACGUCGUUCAAAAGGAAUUGGAGAAGGAUCCGGUAGCUCUAUGGCGUCGUUACAUUGAUUGGCUUUACCAACACAAGGAGCUGGGGCUGUAUCUUGAUGUCAGUCGGAUUGGAUUUACGGACGAAUUCGUGGAACAGAUGGAACCGAAGCUCCAAGCUGCUUUCAGGGCCAUGGAGGAGCUUGAGAGGGGAGCAAUUGCUAAUCCUGACGAGGGGCGCAUGGUUGGUCAUUACUGGCUUCGGAACUCUCGGCUUGCGCCUACCUCGUUUCUCCUCUCGCAGAUUGACAACACUCUCGAGGCUAUCUGCAAGUUCGCAAAUGAUGUCAUCGGUGGUAAGAUUAAGCCCCCAUCAUCUCCAGCAGGUCGCUUUACUCAGGUUCUUUCUGUGGGGAUUGGAGGCUCAGCUCUGGGACCACAGUUUGUUGCAGAGGCUUUAGCUCCAGAUAAUCCUCCUCUUAAGAUAAGAUUCAUUGAUAAUACAGAUCCAGCUGGAAUUGAUCAUCAAAUUGCACAGCUUGGAUCUGAGUUGGCUUCAACACUUAUUAUAGUGAUUUCCAAGAGUGGUGGUACCCCUGAAACUCGGAAUGGUCUGUUGGAAGUACAGAAGGCUUUUCGUGAUGCUGGCCUUGAUUUCUCAAAACAGGGCGUUGCUAUUACACAAGAAAAUUCUUUGUUAGAUAACACAGCUAGGAUUGAAGGGUGGUUAGCAAGAUUUUCAAUGUUCGAUUGGGUCGGUGGUAGAACCUCUGAAAUGUCUGCAGUUGGUCUACUUCCUGCAGCACUCCAGGGAAUAGAUAUUAAAGAAAUGCUUGCUGGUGCAUCCCUAAUGGAUGAGGCAACUAGGGCCAGUGUGGUGAAGAAUAACCCUGCAGCUUUGCUUGCUUUAUGCUGGUAUUGGGCUUCUGAUGGAGUGGGGUCAAAGGAUAUGGUUGUACUUCCUUACAAGGAUAGCUUGCUACUGUUUAGUAGGUAUCUGCAGCAGUUGGUCAUGGAAUCACUUGGGAAGGAAUUUGACCUCAAUGGUAAUCGGGUGAAUCAAGGGCUUACAGUCUAUGGGAACAAAGGGAGCACUGAUCAGCAUGCCUACAUUCAACAACUGAGGGAGGGGGUACACAACUUCUUUGUUACCUUCAUUGAAGUAUUACGUGAUAGGCCCCCUGGUCAUGAUUGGGAGCUGGAACCAGGUGUCACAUGUGGUGAUUAUUUGUUUGGAAUGCUACAGGGGACAAGAUCAGCCCUUUAUGCCAAUAAUCGAGAAUCUAUUACAGUCACAGUGCAAGAAGUGAAUCCGAGAUCUGUGGGGGCCUUAAUAGCAUUGUAUGAACGAGCUGUUGGGAUCUAUGCUUCAUUGGUCAACAUCAAUGCUUAUCACCAACCUGGUGUAGAAGCUGGGAAAAAGGCAGCAGCAGAAGUAUUAGCUCUUCAGAAGAGGGUUUUGGCUGUACUAAAUGAAGCUAGUUGCAAGGAGCCUGUGGAACCUUUGACAGUGGAAGAGAUAGCUGACCUUUGCCAUGCUCCUGCUGAUAUUGAAAUGAUAUUCAAGAUUGUCGCGCACGUGGCAGCCAAUGAUAGAGCACUUAUUGCUGAGGGCAACUGUGGUUCACCUAAGAGCAUCAAAGUUUUCCUUGGGGAGUGCAACAUCGAAGAACUGUAUACAUAAGCUGUAUCAAAGAAUUCAAUUAUCAAUUUACAUGUCUUGUAUUUGUAUUCAUGGUUGUAGGAAGAGUCCCAAUCAGUGGGCUCUAGCCAUGAAUUCUGUUUGAACUAGUUUCUCUUUCUCACAAGCUGGAAUCUACCAAGGCAAUAAAAUAAAGUUCUGUUUAUGGGAAACCUAAGAUGCUCACCACUUUAUUCCACAGAGAGUUGGAAAUUGAAAUAAAAAAUUAUUGAUACGGAUUUUAUUAA